CGAUCCUUUUUAAGAGAGAGAUCCCUCAACAUGCGGCCCACUGCGCUCCUCCGCAACGUCGCCGCCUCAGGCAGCGGCCCGACGCCCUUCAGCUCGGCGCACAAGGCCUACGUCCAGUCGCUCUACCGGCGCUACCUGCGCAACUCGCUCAACUGGUGUAUCCGCCGCGACAUCUGGCGCGACCGGGCCAUUGAGAUCCGCGCCGAAUUCGAGCGAGCAAGAAACAUUCGCAACCCGCGUGAGCUCGCGAGGGUCCUCGAGCAGGCCGAGAAGCAGUUGGAGGAGAAUGCGCACCCGGAUCCUUACAAAACGCCCAUGGGAGAGGACGGCACGAAGUGGGAGAGGAACCUUCCCCCACGCAUGUUUUCCAAGGCCGAGAAGGAAGCGGCUCUCCACGGAGGGCACUAAAGUCAUCGAUAGUCCUCAAGAGCACACCAAGCAAGAGAAUAUCAAUCAUUUUCAUCAUUUGCCUCUAAGCAGAUCUAGUGCUCCAUUCACUCCCCAUCGACAUUGUGCUGCUCAAUGACGUCGUCGAUCUUGAGAACAGCCCUGACAAGCUGGGUAGCGAGGAGAAGUUGCUGCCUCUUGCUGACCAUUGGGUCGAACACUCUGCACCUCUUCAUGUCGUUGUCGCCCGAGCCCAUGCAGUCAAUGCCAAGCUUGGGGUCACCCUCAUUGACUUGCCGACUCUUGACCUCUGCCAGCGUCUCGAUGGGCGAGUAGCCGCUGUUCUCGGCC